AUGGACUCGCAAGAACCAUCAGGCCAACGCCCUCACGAUUCAGCGCUACUAAGAGUCAUCCAUUGGCACAAGCUUUUCGACUCAGACACACCUCCCCGGCUCGGGAUGGAAGUAAAGAAACGCCUGCCAUACACUACCAUUGCGGCAUUUGCAUCCGGAAUGACCAUCGGGUCCUUUCACGGUAGCAAAAAGGCAUCAUACCAGUUCCGAGCCGAGAACGCCCAUCGCUACCCCACGACUUCAGCAGCAUGGUUCCAGUACCACAAGAGCAAGAACUACGCAUCGGUUGUUGGCGGUGUUAAGGACGGCAUGAAAUUGGGAUUUAAGCUGGGUGCUGGAGCUUUUGCGUUUUGUUUGUUUGAGGAAACGGUGGAUUAUGCUCGGGAUGAUACGAGAGACUUCUUGUCCACGGUCACGGCAGGAUUGUCGUUCUCUGGGAUCUACAGCUUACUUGCUCGUCAUGAUGUCUUCACGGCCGCUCGCACGACGAGGCUCGGGUUGAAAUUGAGUCUAGUGUAUGGAUUGGCGCAGGAUGCGCUGGAAUCUCUCAAGGGUAAUCGACCUGCGUAUAUCGACUUCCUGCUGGGGAAUCGUCGGUCAAAUGUGCAGGAGGGAGAAACAGUUUGA